AUGAGGGACGGAGGAGGGACCCUCGGCAUCUGCCUGAUAGAAGCAAAGGGGGAGGGAGGAGAUGACUGGUACAAACAAUUAUGUAGCCUUAAGAAAAGAACACAGAAGGAGAGCCCUUGCCCAGCAGAUAUACCUUUCUGGAUGGAUAAGUCUGCAGUUGAUGUAAAUGGAAAUUCACAGAAUGAGGUGUUAUUGGAAAUGAAAAACGAUCUGAGUGACACUGAUCUCUUGCUUCACAAUGGCAACAAAGAGCUUCCAUAUUUGAAGAAAUCAAUGGGAAGAAAUUUAGCUCCCGUAGCUGCUCCAACCAAGGCCAUGGGCCUGUCCUUUGCUCCUGCAGAAGAGCAUCUUGCUGGGGUGUUCCUCGGUGUUGGGGUUGCUCUGGGGAGGGACUGGCUAAGAAGCGGGCCCAGAGCCAUGGACAGCCAGAGAGGACAGUGCCCCAAAGGAGAGUCCUGGGUGUCAGGACAGCCAGUCCCUCCGAAACUGUGGGAAAUGGUAGUUUUUAAGGGUGAACCACCAAGUGCUCUUCAUGAGGGACUAGGCUCUGAGUCAGAACUGUCUCGCCUGCGUUCUGUGCUGCCUGCAACACUGCACUCCUGUCCUGAAGUACUCCUAGAGGACAAGACAAGAUGUGUUUUCCUUGACCAUUUAAAGCCCAUGUUUUCAGAGCAAACAACAGAGUAUAAGAAAAUGCUUUCAUGUGUAAAAAGUACCUCAAAUGGUCUGGAGAUAACACUGGGGUUACUGGCUCUACAGCCUUUUCAAUUAGCAAAUCCCUUAUGCCAUAGUUAA